GGACGAGCGUCCUGGCGGUCCGGAAACGCUUUCCUGACUCCAGUAUGUGGCCUACGCUCACCCUUGGACUGCUGGCCACCCUUGCCGGCCUAAAUGGUUUCCAUUGCCUGUUGGAGAGCGCCUUGGUGACCGACCUUAUGAAGGGAUAUAACAACAACGUUAUACCGAGAACGUCGGCUGAACCCGUAGUCAAUGUGGAGCAUGGCCUCGCCGUGCUCAGAAUCCACAACUUCGAACAUGGCAGACUUGAACUUGAUGCAUGGGUAUCGAUGAUGUGGACUGAUCCACGUCUGACAUGGAACCCGUCAGACUACAAUAACGUGACCUCUACCAACGUGUACCAAGAUCAACUGUGGAUUCCAGAUAUCGUCUCCUGGAACUUCAAAAAUGAGGAAUUGAUGAUAAAUAACUUGCGUGCCAUUGUCAAUCACAAGGGUUUAGUUACGGUUGUGCCUCCCAUAAGAGUUGUGUUAUAUUGUGGCGUGUCGUCGGGAGCUGAGGAGAUAUACACUUGCACGGCCAAGUUCGGGUCCUGGACGUACUCUGGGAAUAAGGUGGGCUUAGCAAAUACCGGCGGGGUAGUGGACCUGUCUGAUUACACAGAAAACGAGCGCUGGGAAAUAUCUAACUCAACUGUGGUCCGACAUAGUUUGGUCUACGAUUGCUGUCCAGAAGAGUAUGCACAUUUAGCCUACACCUUGGAACUGAAACCAAAGCACCAUCGCCACCAUUGUGAUUAGACAGAAAUGUACCGGAAGAGAACAUGAAACCUCAGCGCUAUCAUUACGAACAAUUGCGAUACUGUCAACAUCGAAUCGGCCACACCAUCAUCAGAAAACACAAUCCGUUAUACUAACGACGGAAACAGCAACAGCACCACCUUCACUACUAAUAUCGUAAUCGUCAAAGGUAAGACGGAGACAACACCACCAACAGAACUGCAUGUUCUCGUUUCAGAAAAAUAGAACAAUUCAAUUUGGUAAACAUAAAAAGUUCAUUUUCGAAAAUACCAAUUUACUCUUUGUAUGCAAAAGACUAAUAUGGUGGUAUUGAUUGAAUUGACAGUUUUGCUACAUUGCCAACAACGUGUACCUGUGCAAGGCUCAACCUGUCUUAAACGUACCCCUGUGUCAGGUUCAACUCACCAACAACGUGUACCUGUGUCUCAAAUCACCAUCCUGCAAUUCUGUGUUCAAUUUAAGUCAAUUCACCAACAACGGGCACCUGUGUUGCGUUCAACACAUAAUCUUGCUUAUAUUUAAUGUUCAAAUGCCCACAAAAAUACGUGUCUGUGGUUCAACAGUACCUUAUCCAAUUUACACACACUUAUGAGCCGAUCAUAUGUUCGUUAAGUCUGUAUUUGAUGGCCUUUUAAGCAAGAACAAUACGUAUAUCUUGUUUUGUUUUACCAUCAGAAUAUCUUUACUGUCAUUUAUACUCAUUUUCUUGUCAUUUCACACAAUUGUUCAAACCUUCUGUGUUUUUUCUUAAAUAAAUCUUACUUUGCAAGCAA